AUGUCUUCUCUACCAUUCAACUCUACAAACCUGCCUAGUCAACUAUUCAUCAACAACGAGUAUGUCCCGUCGAAGAAUGGCAAAGUAUUCUCUGUUGCAAACCCCAGAGAUGGAUCCCUGGUUGCCGAAAACGUUCCUCUCGCAGACGAGGCCGAUGUGAAUCGUGCCGUCGAAGCGGCCGAAGCAGCCUUCCCAGGCUGGAGGUCAUUGACAGGCGUGGUGCGACGAGAAAUCAUGCUGAAGUUUGCCGCGCUCUUGGAGAAACACAGUGAAACGCUGGCAGAGCUCUCCAGGAUUACACAAGGUGCCCCCUACCUUGCAUGGGGUCAAUUUGAGAUUGCCAUUGCCGCGGAAUCAUUCCGGUAUUAUGCAGGCUGGAUCGACAAGUUUCAAGGAGAUGCUUAUCCGGAGGAGGAUGGCUAUCUCAAAAUCACUCGUCAUGAGCCCCUGGGUGUCACUGCGGGCAUCGUCCCCUGGAAUGGCCCGCUUGGGACUGCCGGGGCCAAAAUGGCACCCGCACUUGCCACCGGGAAUACAUUCAUCCUAAAGCCAUCUGAGAAGACUCCAUUUGCAGGGCUUGCUCUGGGUCCAUUGAUCAAGGAGGCUGGGUUCCCACCGGGCGUCGUGCAGGUUCUCUCUGGAGACGGCACCACCGGCGCACUGCUGGCAAGUCACCUUCGGAUUAGGAAAGUCAGCUUUACAGGGUCUAUUCCAACCGGCAAAAUUAUUCAAAAAUUGGCUGCAGAGUCGAACUUGAAGAGGGUCACUUUGGAGCUUGGUGGAAAAUCUCCUGCUAUUGUCUUUGACGAUGCCAACCUCGAUAACGCUCUUACAUGGUGCGUCAAUGGCAUUGCAGCAAACACGGGACAAGUCUGCUUUGCGGCAUCCCGCGUCUAUGUCCAAGAAGGCAUUAGGGAUAAGUUCGUCGAGAAAUUCAAGGCGGCUUUGAAGCAGCGGGGCGAAGCCAUUGGCGAUCCUGAUAAGCCAACCACUCUAAUGGGGCCACUCGUCGACGAAGCACAGUUUAACAAGGUGACCGGGUUCAUCCAACGCGGGUUGACACAGGGUACGCUUGUUCUUGGGGGCAAGCGCGUCGGGGAUACUGGGUUUUUUGUUGAACCCACUCUGUUCUGCGAUGUCCCUCAGAAUGCUGAGAUCUAUCAGCAGGAAAUCUUCGGUCCGGUUGUGAUUGUGAAUAGUUUCAAAACUGAAGAAGAAGUCAUCCACAAGGCGAACGCAACAGAGUACGGUCUCAUGGCUGGGGUCUUCACGCAAGAUAUCAACCGCGCGCUGCGGGUUUCGAGUGCCCUUGAUUCUGGUAUGGUUGGCGUUAAUCUCAUUAGUCGCUACUUCUUGAAUGCUCCCUUUGGAGGAACUAAGCAGAGCGGUAUUGGCCGGGAGAAUGGAAGGGCUGCCCUGGAAGCGUUUACUGAGGUGAAGACCGUGAUGGUGAACUUGACGUACUAG